CGACUAUCUCGUCCACCUCCCCUCUCUCAUCUCCAUCACUCUCGCUCCUAUAGUUACAGCAUCUUCUUACCUCAUUCUCCUCUCUCUCUCUCUCUCAUUAACAUCAUCACCUGCACAUUUAUACAUACAAAUAUACACCAGUGACUUCUCUCUCUCUCUCUCUGUCUCUCUCAUACACACACAUACAAACGCACAAACAUGCUUACACCCGUCCCCUCCUGCCGGCAGAGCUGGGCUAUGCAAGAGCGGCAGCAGCAGCAGCAGCUGCUCUGACACACUCUGGCGUGACAAACACACCGAAAAGGCAGGAGGAAAGAAGCAGGAGAAGAUAAGGAGGAGGAGAGGAGGGAGGAGGAGGAGAGGAGGAAGAGGUGGACACAACACUGUCAAAGGGACAGCGGAGGACAGGAGGAGGAGAGGAGGACGAGGCAGAGGAGAAGGAGAGCAGAAGGGUGUUGCAGCCAUGUCAGACACACCUUUGCAGAGGAACGGCACAGCAACGGCGCCGAUGUCGUGUGAGGAGGCUCAGCUCCACAAAGAGAGGCUGCAGGCCUUGGCGGAGAAGCGAAAACGGCAAACUGAGAUUGAAGACAAAAGAGGCCAGCUCGAUGACCUGGUGGUACAACUACAGCAUCUCAAGUCCAAAUCCAUGCGUGAGCGAUGGCUCCUCCAGGGAAUGGGAGUGGAGGAAGAGGCGGUGCGGCGGAAACAGCUGGAGCAGGAUGAAGAACAAGGAAAGAGGCUGGAAGACAUAAUACACAGGUUAGAGUCUGAAAUCGGUACACUGGAGAGUGAAGAGUCUCAGAUAUCAGCCAAAGAGCAGGUUCUACGGGAACGUCUGAAAGAGACGGAGCUCUCGAUAGAAGACCUGCAGAAGAGUCUGAUGACCCAGAACCGAGAUGCAACUGGCUGCAUGUCCGCCCCUCUCUCGGACUGCACGGACCGCGAUCCCGACCACGUCGUCCUGGCCACGCAGCCAAGGACUGGCCCACCUGCCUCUGGAGAGCACGCCAUACCAAGACCUGCACUGUUUGCCAUGGAGAUCAACGUGCAGCACGACCCGCAGACCGGCGAACAGCGUGUCCUGUCGGCCAACCGCGUGAGCCCGCUGGACGCGGCGACGCGCGGCGUCAAAGUCUACGACGAUGGCGGAAAAGUGGUCUACGAGGUCACUUCCUCCGGGGGCGUGUCCACCAGCACCAUGGAGAACGGGUGGAGCUGCGCGCAGGUCGACCAGCUGAUCCAGCGAGCUGCCAGGCCUGUCGCACACGGAGGAGAUGCCGGCAGGGGUAAUGUGACGGUGACCCCGGCUGACCCGCCGCAGGCUUACAUUUCCCCAGCAGAUGUGGACGAUCUGUCUCCACCCUCCUGCGCUCCGCCAUCCAUUCCUUCAAGCCCGCCAGCCCAGGUCAUCCUCCAGAGGGAGACCCAGCUCGGCAUAAUGCCCCCCUCUGCUCCCAUUACGACCCAGCCCGGCUCCUCAGCCCAGCCAGGCGGCGAGCUCACCGCCCCGCCGCACGCCAGCACGGAGUACCCAAUCACCAUGGUUUUCCUCGGCUACCAGGACGUUGAGGACAUGAGCGAGAGCAGGCGGCUGCUGGGUUUCGACGGCGCCGUAAAGGCCGAGGUGGUCCUGAUCGACGAAGACGACGAGAAAUCGCUGAGGGAGAAGACGGUCACCGACCUGUCCAUCAUCGACGGCACGGCGGCCGACCUCGUGUCGGGGCGGCCGGCCACGUCCGAGGGCGCCAGCACGGAACUGUCAUCUGACGGCCGUGAGCCCGACAGCACCUCCUCGCCCCCCGCCAAUCCCGACGCCAGCGCGGCCCCGCCGCCCGGCCUCACCCCCGCCACAGGCUACGGCAAAACACCAGGGGUUACCGUGACAACGGCAAAUGGAUAUCAAGCUCCCAUUCCGAGCAGGCAUCCUCACACCGCCAUGAAAUCGUGGCGGGCUGCCGAGGAUGUCAGUGACACAACACCGAGAGAGCGAGCCCUGAAAAGCGUCAGUUUCCAGGAAUCGGUCAGCGUUAUCACUGACAGGCCUGCAACCAUGGAACUGGAGAGCCAGCAGAUCCAACAUGGCUGCCUCAGCAGCCCCAGUAACCGAGCCCACAAUGCAGUUGGUGUGAGAGUAGAGACUCCUGACAGCGAGGUGGUGCAGGAGAUCCGCUACUUGGACCAGGUUUUGGACGCCGCCUCAGAAACACCCACCAACGGAAACUCCUCUCCGUCAGAAUUCACCAAAUCAAUCAGCAUCGAUGGGAACUCUCCUUCUGUCUGCGUGUCAGCCUCCCCUCCUGUCAAUCACCAAUCGGUUGUUGUGGAAGGCCCGAGACAGACCACGUUCCUCCAAUACGAGGACUCCGGCGUGAGGACCAACGGCCAUGUGCAGGGAGAGGAGCCGGGGAGCGGCAGGGCGAAGUUUGAGCUGAGAGCGUUUCAGGAGGAGAGACGGCCAGCGAAGCUCUUCACCCCUGGAGAGGAGCAGCAUGUCAGGGUGACGAGGAGACGACCCUCGGGGGAGGCUCAGGAGCUGGAGCGCGAGCGUCAGGAGCUGAUCAAAGACCAGGCGGUGAAGAAAAACCCUGGGAUCGCCUCGCGCUGGUGGAACCCUCCAGUGGAGGUUCCUUUGGAAGACCAGCUGGACACAGAGAAGCUUGAGUCUCUCAAGAAAUACCAGGAGAGGAAACAGCAGAAACAGGGUCACCCUUAUGCAUACACACAGCCCCAGGUGUCAGGUCCCCCCACAAUGGUGACCUUUGACCCAGAGCUUAACAGGAAGGAGGACAUCGUGGAGGAGCAGAUCAACUUCUCGUCCGCCAGAAAGCAGUUUCUGCAAGGGGAUGCAACCAAGAGGGACGUCGCUCCUCACUUAUACUCCGCCAAACCCUACUCGAAAUCCAGGGGCAGCCUGGGGAGCAGUGACAUAUUUGCAGAAACCGGAGAUGGUCAUGUGAGCUGGUCCGAUGAAGGAAUUGCGGCGGAAUUUACUUGUGCACGAGCUGUAAUGACAAUCCUGCCUGAUGAGGAGGAAGGGAAGGGCCAUUACCAUUCAGGUUUUCACCCAGAGGAGUCUGACUCAGGAUUGGACGAGUUAUCUGUCCGUUCUCAGGACACGACCGCGUUUAGCUUGGAUAAUGUUUCCGACAGCGGGGCUUCGUUUCCGCCUACCCCGCUGCCACUUACCCCGGUGUCACCGCCUACCCCCCAGCCCACCACGCCAGUCAAUGGGCAGAGAAGUGGCAGUCCGACAGAAGACGAGCUGGAGUACCGCGCAGGGGUGCUUGUCCAGAAUGCCAUCCAAAAUGCCCUGGCAGCUCAGGAUGAGGACGAGUGGCAGACAUCUGAGUUGAAUUCUUCACAACUGAGCACCCCCGUGUCUCCAUCCUCAACUUCCACAAGUAGCCCAGUGCCAGUUUCUUCCUCUCCUGUGUCUUCUGGUGGAGCUCCCAGCCUCCAGUCCCCUGUGUCCUCCAGUCCUGCUCCAUCCAACCUGUCCCCUCAGCCAGACAGACAGCCAGAAGUAAGAGUUUCCCAUGAGCAGCCAGACAGACAGCCAGAAGUAAGAGUUUCCCAUGAGCAGCCAGACAGACAGCCAGAAGUAAGAGUUUCCCAUGAGCAGCCAGACAGACAGCCAGAAGUAAGAGUUUCCCAUGAGCAGCCAGACAGACAGCCAGAAGUAAGAGUUUCCCAUGAGCAGCCCUCCAGUCCAGCAGAGCAACCACAGCUCCAGACGCCUUCCCCGCCUCCUUCUCAGCCAAUCUCGCCACCACAGAGACCCAAGUAUGGAGGCCCCAGGAUCAAAAUCCAGUCCUCUUACGCCAGAGCCCUCGCCUCCUCAACCCCGGCUCCAGCUCCGGCUCCUGCCACCGCCACAGCAGCUACAGUUCCCAGGCCAACCCCAGUCUACCGUCCCCCUUCUCCACCAAGCCCGGAGAAACCAGAGUUCAGCUACUUCAGCAAAUACUCCGAGGCGGCCGAGCUGCGUAGCACAGCGGCGGCGGCGCGGGGCCCAGAGGCGGAGGCGGCCAGCGGCCCGUUCCGUCUGCGCUCCAAGAAGCAGCGAACUUUGUCCAUGAUCGAAGAGGAGAUCCGAGCAGCUCAGCAGAGGGAGGAGGAGCUGAAGAAACAGAGGGAUGAGAAGCCUACUGUUGUUGUCCGCAACACUUCCAGCAACAGUCUCGGGCCCGUGAGGACGGGGAUGCGGCAAACCAAGAUUUCCCCAGCAGAUAAGAUGAAGAGCAACAGCCUGCCUGCUAGACUGACACUGACAGCGAGGACAGCGCCAGGAAAGAUCGAGAAGGUCCGACCUGCACAGCCCGUCUCACCCUCACCCUCAGAAGGAGCCCUGUCUGACGCCGGCAGCGAGGACUCCGGAGGACGACCCAAAAACUACAUGCAGACACUUAUGGAAGACUACGAAACACACAAAGUGAAGAGGAGGGAGAAACUAGAGGACAACAGUUAUGCCCGUUUGUUGCUGGCUAACGAGGUAACCACUGAGGUUCUGGAGGCCACCCGCGUCACCAGGAGGAAGAGCGACAUGGCGCGGAAGUGGGAAGCCGGUAUCUACGCCAACGAGGAAGGACAGGAAGGAGAAGAAGAAGAGGAGGAGGAGGAGGAAGAAGAGGAGGAAGAGGAGUAAAACAGCUCCUUCCAGAGACAGUUAAGGGACAGAGUGGAAAGAAAGAGGAAGAUGAGGAUGAAGAGACUUGAAGGAAAGCAGCGAGGAUCAGGAAAGGAAACAGUAUUUAUUUUACUAAUAGUAUUCUGAUGAUCAC